GGCUACCUGGCUGUCUCAUGUGUCAUGGAGGAAUCCCUCCAUUCUCCAUGUUCUCUCAUGCAGUGCAUGCAAGGAAUGUGACCACAGUGGACUACGUAUAAAUGAACUUGUACAAAAGCUUACUUCACAGUUGCACUGAGGAGCCACUUCUCGCUUGUUACUACUUACAAGAUCAUCUUUAAAAAGUAUCCCUCGAAAAAUCAUAGAACAAGGCAACAGAGAGCAAGAUGCAGCAAAUGAGCACAGCGCUGUCGGACUUGGUCCUCGCCCUCACGUCCUUUGGAACGGCCCUUUUCAUCCUUCGUCAGAACCUCUUCGCCUCGGCCGGCUUCAUUCUGAUGGGCAUGGCGGCUAGCUGCGGUGCCUACCGCUUCAGUCGCUCAACCCCUUCCCCGCAGGUCCUGUACUGGCACCAAGGUCUGGCUUGGAUUACCACGAUUCUCGGCACGUCGUUGGUGGCGAGCGGUUUCCACAGAUGGUACACAAACUCAGUCAUGUCCGCACUUCACAUGGGUAGCGCCCUCGCACUGGUUUGCCUGUCCAAGGCAACAGACAUUCUCGCACCCCGCACCGAGGAACUCCUGGUCUCGGCCGUGUCGUCCUUGGCCGUCGUCUCCAUAGGAAUCUUCAGCGUCUUGCACACCAACCCCUUCGGACUUCUGGGCGCGGUCUUGUACGGCAUUGCUGCAGCGGUCGGGACUGAAGGAGAUUUGGCUAGUAUCCGGCGCGUUGAUUGGUUUCACUAUCUUCUAGCCUUUGCCAAUGUGGUCUUUUUGAGAGCUUUUACAUACGCCAGUCCCCAUGUUUUCUACAAGGACAAUUGAAUUGGAUGAUCCGAACUUGACUUUUUCUUGCUUUGUCAUCCCAUGUUCGCAGAAUAAGGCUUCCUUUGCGCAGUUCAUCCUUUGUGAUGUUUCCGUAUCUUCCACAUUUAAAAAAACAAA